CCCUGCAGCGUGUGGACAGAUGGGUUGAGUAAAUGUGGCUGAGCUGUACCCCCACUGAAGUGGGACUCCAGCUAUAAAUGGAGUAUGCCCUGCCCCUGCCUGGCCUCCAGCCCUAAUGUUCCUCCUUCUCGUUCCUCACGGCAGGCCAAGUGCAGGAACAUGGAGCACGCGCUGCGGGAGAAAGCCAAGGCCUUCUGGGCCAUGAGGCGAUCCUACGAGGCCAUUGCCAAGCACAAUCAGGUGGAGGCUGCCUGGCUGGAAGGGCGAAUCCGGCAGGAGUUCGACAAGCUUCGCGAGUUCCUGCGCGUGGAGGAGCAAGCCAUCCUGGACACCAUGGCCGAGGAGGCGAGGCAGAAGCAGUGUCUGGUGGAGGAGAAGAUGAAGCGGCUGGCGGAAGACACCGAAGCCCUGGCCCAUGAGAUUGAGCGGCUGCAGGUGGAGAUGAAGGAGGAUGAUGUUUCUUUUCUCAUGAAACACAAAAGCCGAAAACGCCGCCUCUUCUGCACCAUGGAGCCAGAACCGGUCCAGCCCGGCAUGCUCAUCGACAUCUGCAAAUAUCUGGACUCCCUGCAGUACCACAUCUGGCGGAAGAUGGUCACGUCUGUAGAAUCCGUGCCCUUCAGCUUCGACCCCAACACCGCGGCCGGCUGGCUCUCUGUGUCCGAUGACCUCACCAGCGUCACCAACCACGGCUACCGAGUGCAGGUGGAGAACCCCGAGCGCUUCUCCUCGGCGCCCUGCCUGCUGGGCUCCCGCGUCUUCUCCCAGGGCUCCCACACCUGGGAGGUGGACCUGGGGGGGCUGCCGAGCUGGCGGGUGGGUGUGGUGCGGCUGCGCCAGGACGCUGGCGCCGAGGGCCACUCGCACAGCUGCUACCACGACACCCGCUCUGGCUUCUGGUACGUGUGCCGCACGCAGGGCGUGGACGGGGACCACUGCGUGACCUCGGACCCGGCCACGUCACCUCUGGUCCCAGCCAUCCCUCGCCGCCUGCGCGUGGAGCUGGAGUGUGAGGAGGGCGAGCUGUCCUUCUACGACGCCGAGAAUCACUGCCACCUGUACACCUUCCACGCCCGCUUCGGGGAGGUGCGGCCCUACUUCUACCUGGGGGGCGCGCGGGGGGACGGGCCCCCUGAGCCUUUGCGCAUCUGCCCCCUGCGCAUCACUGUCAAGGAGGAGCUGGAUGGCUGAGGCCGGCCAGAGCCUGCCCCGCGCCACCUGGCACUUGGGUCCUGGUCCUGCUUCCUUUGUGUCCGUCUUCCUCAAGCCGUGCUCACCUCAGUACCUCUGAACCGUCCGCCUCCUUGCCAGGAUCUGCCUGCUGACCAGUCCUGUUCUUCUGCUGUGGCUCCAGGCCCCAAGCCGCCUCCUUCAUUUCUGAAGUCAUCCGGGGGACACCUCACUCCCCAGAGUCCUGGCCCCUUCAGGAUGUGAAUUUUCUAACUCCGAAUUCCAGGAUGUCUGGGGAUGAUGUUUGCUUCUAGAAGAAUGGGCCCAUUUUAGCAUGUGGGUUUUAUUAUCUGGGUAUGGUGAGGCUGCAGUGGGAAAGAGUUGGUUAUUUACAAUUCCCAAGAGGAAGGCCCCACCACGUGGGCCGGGGGAGCCACCAGGGAAGCACCAGGCCCCUUAGGAAGCAGAGGGAGUUGAGGAAGCACCAGGUAGGAGACUUUGUUGUGGUUUUAGUGACAGAACAGGCUUGGGAGGGCUCUGUCUGGGUAGACAGGUUUGUGAUCUGCUGGUUGGAAUAAUUUUGGCGGGCUCUGGGGCAGAGGGGCUGCCCCCAGUUGUCAGGGAUGACGGGGAUGGGGGUGGGGGGGGGAUGAUCAGGAGGGAGUGUUAGAGCCCUGUGAGAGGUAAAGGAAGUGGUUGGGAGUUUAGCCCAAUAGCUUGGAUUGGUUGGUUUGCAUAUGAAAGGCGUGCACCCAGGGGAGUUGAUUGCUUUCCCCGGGAAUUGGCUAGCCCUGGGAGGAGCAGUUUCCCUGUGGUCGGAGUAUCAAGAAUACGGAAAAUAAGAAAAUCUAAUUCAUACAGUGCCGCUGCUAUGGCUUUGGGGCAGGACCCAGGCCCAAGUCUGUCACUUUAUACCAGUCUUUUAAAACCGCUCCACAGAGCCCCCUCUUGUCCCCUCAGGGCAGAGGCAAGCCUGCUCAGGUCAGCUCUGAUUUAUCUAUUUACACGCUUUGAAAGACUGUUGCAAACAUGAUUUUAAAAACCACAGUUUAGACCCGUUCCUGCUGUGGGCCUCGAUUCCCUCAUCUGUAAAUGAGGUAGGAGGAGUGGAAAAUUAUGUCCUGUAGUUACUGUGAAGGAAGCAGCUCUGAUUCAUUCUUACAAAGUCAUGAGAAAGGAAGGAAAGAGGGGUCCUUUUUAGUGAGGAGGUAGGAAAGGGAGGAUUUGGUCCGGGGAGGGGGGCCUGGAGGGAGAAGGGCGGAGGUACCUCUCUUGGCCUUUGCUGGCCUCAGCCUGCUCCUUCUCGCUCUAUUGCCCCCUGUGUUUUCAUCCUGAUUUCGUCUGCCUCUGCCCUGCCGUGCCUACGGACCUGCACCUCCACCUUUUCUUCCUCGCACCUGCCUGAAGAGUGUUUUUAAUUGUCAGCUGUCCUGUCCUAGGAAACAGCACGGUGGAAGGAAAUACUGGCCUGUAGGGGUGGUGGUGGUCUCAUCAGGAGCAUGUUCCUGACCGAGAACUCAAGAUUCUCCUGCCUGUGCCCCCGGUAAACAGAAAAGGACAUUUAAACAGAAAGGACGAUUCAAAACCAUGAGGUGGUUAUAAACAUGAUAUGUACGAUUGGUGGGGGGCACAGGGAAGGACGCGGUAGGAGAUGCUACUGGGUGAAGGGGACCAGGUUGGAAUGUUGGCAGACUGGCAUGUGCACGUCCCAUCUGAAGGCAGUCAGUCUCAGGGAGCUCAAGGCACUUUGGCGGCCAACACAUAUGAGACCAGUGUGCAUUCUCUAAAGUAUUAAUCUAGCCCAUCAAAUAUAAUCUCUAGGACAAUCUUGACCUGGAAUUCUUUUGUUAGUUAUAAUAAACUUUUAAAAAUGUUUUUUAUUUCCAACUUAGAUAUUGGAAAGGGGUUUUUGAAUAGGAUAAUUUGGAUAGACUGGACCUCUUUUUUUUUUUUUUUUUUUAAAUAAAAAUGAUA